ACACACCUGUGCUGGGGAUCAUUAAUAAAGACGCUAACACUUAAGUAGAACCUCUUGUCUAAUAGGUAAAGGAAAACGAAAUUUGUUCACCAAAGAAAAGGAUUAUUUUUUCUAUACAGUUUUUUUCAGAUGUCUACAUGAAAUUCAGCAGCAGACUCUGAGCAAGCUCACUGUUUACUUUUCAGUUUGAACGUAGCAGACAUAUAUACUGGAGGAAUGGAGCACCAACCAGGGAGUCCAGUGGCUGGCAAGGCAGAAGAGCAUUCAGGAAGUCUACUUCUCACCUACUUCCAGGGAGAUAUUAACAGCAUGGUAGAUGCACAUUUCUCACGUGCCUUGGAAAAUAUCACCAAACCGAAGGGAAACAUCACAAAAAUCAAGAAACCUUGCAAAUUGGUCAAACCUGAGCAGCCAAGUACAAGCAACUGGGACAUGCAAUCGCACAUGUGCUUUGAUGCCACAGAUUCUUCAGGACGAAUUGAGCUCGGCAGACAUGAAGAGAUGCCGCCAAAGCCCCGUCUGCCACUUAAUGCUCCUGUGGAGAGCACCAAUGCUUGGCUCAAUAGUCCACGGCAGGGCACAAGUCUGGUGUUGCCUCCCAUGGUGUUUCCCUCUGCUGCGUCUGCCGAGGGUUUGGUGGUGGCAGAUCAUCAAUACAAUUCCCUAUUAAAUCUGCUACACAAUGACCGACCAGACCUGGGCUCCGUCAUGUUAGCCUCAUCCAAACAGGAGCUCAUGCCAGGAUGGGUCCGGCAUCCAGGAUUUGGAGAUCAGAUGACUCCAGAUCACAGUCUUGACUCUGGUGUCCCAAUGAUGGAGAAGAAGGAUUUAUAUUGGUACUAGCACUGUGGUGGUUGUCAGACAUCUUUACGCAUGAAAAAAAAAAAACCUGAUUCUCAAGAACAAGGAAGUCUUAUCUCUGUUUUUAGUGGUUAUAAAGGUUCAGAGACUAGAAAUGCUUUACCCGAAAGCCACUGCACCUGACUACAUGCAGACAAACCUGUUCAGGAACAAGCUCAUCGUGUAGUCCAUCACAGUGAGUUUUAAAAGAACUUCCCUUAAGCCAUAUGGGGGUUGGUUGUUCCUCUGCUUGUAGACAGAGCAUUUCAAGUGACUUUCAAUCGCUUUGCUAAAGCUAGGUGAUAUUUAAAUAUUUGCGUCAUUAGCCUGUCAAUUACUUGUUCUUGGGAAGCAUAAUAUCUUGUCACGGCCAGAUAUGGACAUGUAAAUCUAUGUGUUAUUAAACAAAUGGACCAAAAAACAAAACAAAAAAAUCAAGCAUAUGUGAAAUUGAUGUCUGAAAAAAAAAUCACAGUCUGGAUGUAUGUUUGUAGUUGUCCUUAUUUAAGUACACACUCUUUUAACAAGCUGUUAAUCAUAUGGACAUAAUGAAAAUGAAAGAGAUGAAAAACAUAAAAUGAGUUUCACUGCGUACAGGGAAAACCUCAAAUAUUCAUUCUUCUGUUUAUCUCUGAGCUGCCUCAAUUUUGCUUCUUUGUGAACCCUAUUAAAAAUGAAGUGUAAAAAGUAAAGAUAUAUGAAUUAAGUUGGAGCAACUGCUGUACAAUGUGUAACAUAAUAAUAAUUGAAAUCCAUAUGGAUUAGGGACAAAAAGUGUAUAAAGUAUAAGUAUAUGCUUUCUGUUUAAAAUUACAGGUAACAUAUGGACAAUGUUUGCUGAUAUUUUUUUGAUUCACUGUACAUAAUGCAAAUAAACA